GUUUUUCUCAGAAUUGAGCCCUGUGCCCUGGGCAAGGGAAAACUGUCAUAAUUGAGAUCUAGCCUAACUUAAUAUUGACUAAUGCUUGCCAGGUGUUCAUCCUCGUUUCGGUCCAUGUUUGGCCCACUGACUCUCAAGUUGUCAUCAUGAUCAUACUGCCACCCCGACACUCAUCGAACGCCGAAUCGAUAUCUCGGAUAGCCGCCUAGCUACCUGAUAGGUAUUGCUUCCGCGAGCGUUGCAUGUGUUCAGCUGACUCCAGCAGCAAGGCUAUCCCCCUAUUAGUACGUACUCCAAUUUAUCGAGCUUCUGUCACAUCUAUUCGAAGAAAGUGGAGAAAGUCUUCUGCAACACCAUUCAGCUUUGACUCUUGCUGUUACAUCCACUUAAUACCCACGCAGGUCACGAUCGCACCGUUAAAAAUGAUGAACAACUAUGAUGAUGCCAAAUCUUCAUCCCAAUCCCGCUCGAAUGUUUUGGAGAUAGAGUUAUUUGAUAUCUCUCUACGUGGGAAACUACCGAAAGUUGGGAGGUCUUCUUGGGACGACUUUUUCUGCGUGCGCAUCAGUGUUUGCAACCAGCUGCAGACAACAGGCUGGGCACUACGAUCUUACAAGUGGAACAAGACACACCGCUUCAAAGUUGAAGAGUCCUCCAAAGUUACAUUCAACAUCGAUGCCUGCGAUAUGCGACAGUCCCGGCGGAUUGGUAGCUUUGAGGACACCGUCGAAAGACUCUUGAAAUGCCCAGGUCCCAUCAGGCGCACUGUCAGUUUAUAUGGAUCACACGGCCAAGAGAUCGAGAUUUACUUUAGGAUUGCACAAAUUCAAUCUUCGACCAUCAACAAGCUAUCUAUCUCUUACAUUGACUUGCAAGAUCUGCCCUCCGUCCACCAUGACACAUUCCGUGUUCAAGUGGCUAUAGACGACACUAUCUGGGAAAGCCCCUCAAAGUCCAGUAAUCAAGGACGUUCCAGAUGGACAGACGGAUAUGAUUUUCCAUUCCAACUCGACUCGCAUGCUUCACUGCAAAUUUUUGCAACACGUUGGCUCCACAAAAACAAGCCGAUAGCUGUGGUGGAAGGUUUCGUGAAGGACUGGCUCGCUGCACCCAACGGUGUUGUUCGGAAGACUCUUGAGUCUGGGGGCGCAAAAAUUCAGGCAGAAUUCAAGGUCUUUCAGACUUCGGGUGUGUCUGCCGCUGGUAAUCACCACGUUGAAGAAGCUGCCAAUUCGACGGUCGAGCAAACUGACGUACCGAGCACAAAGCCGAUCGAUGCAUUGGACAUUUCUGCUGUUAUCCUGGACAUCGACCGUGUUCCUAAAUUUGGAAAGCUGUCUUGGGAUGAUCGAUUCUUCCUCGAAGUCCAUGCAGCGGGUAGCGGAGGGUCUCAGAACAUCACAUCUCAAGGACAACAGGGGGAGAAAUGCUUGAUGUGGGAUACAACAUUCACGUUUAACGUUUCUCAAACCUCACAACUCGUAUUUCGUGUUCUCGGCUACGACGGAAAAGAUAGCGAGCCAAUUCCUAUUGGUAUUGCUAUCUUCGACGUCGACGAACUUCUCCGGCAAAACAGCUUGAUCAGACGUCCGCUUCUAUCGUCUGCAGCAUCCGUGCGCAUAGAAGGAAUCCCCACUUUGUCUUUCAGGGCAGCACAAGCUGGUGCUAUGUCAUUUACGAGGUCUUUGAGUUUUUUCACGCAGGAGCUUUCUGCCGCCGUUAACCGUACUGCGGAUCUAAAUGUCCAACCAAAUCAACCAAGAGACUAUGGUCAAGAUAAAAGAAUCAUUGAACAUGCAAUUUCUCGGGCUAGCAGAGACACUGGUGGCGAUGAACACCUUUACCCCCUUCUGGUAAAAAUCAGUAUUUUUGUUUCGGUGGCUGAAAGACUGGCUAAGCUUCACCCCUACGCAAGGAUUGCAUUUGCAAUACUGGCAACAGGAUACGAGGUCGUCAGGCAAAAGAUCGCUUGCGAAUUCGGCAUAAUUCGGCUGAUGCACACUAUGCAAGACACUUACGAUCUUGUUAUGACCGUCGAUGCGCUCCCGUAUCUGCAUAAACAAAAAAACGUCCUCGAAGCGAUCAUGCAGCAAACAAUCGAAUGCGCGUUCUUCAUCCGUGAUUAUGUGGAUACUCGAGGCAGCUUUGCGCAAGCAAUCAAGAAUUCAGCGCUGAACAUGGAAUCUCAGAUCAAAGCAUUCGAAAAUGCAUUCAUAGACCUGCAACGCAAUUUUCAAAGCUAUAUGGCCGUCUCUACACAGCUCACUGUACUGAAAAUAUUAGAAGAUGUUCAAGAUCUUGGCGCAAAAGCAGAUUUUCGUGAUAUGUCUUACGCCGUAGACGCCAGAUGUGCAGCAUCAUAUGCCGUUCAUCUACCGGCCAACAGUGCGGCGCCACCAUCUGAUCUCAUAACAUCCCUACAGAGCUGGGUUAUUGGGGACAGCAAGGAAUCAGAGAGGAUCUGCCUCUUGUCCGGGCCUGAAGAGUUGUGCAGCUCCAUAGCGCUAGUGAUUGGAGAACAAUUUCAGUUUGCGUCACGCCUUGGUUCCUCAUAUUGCUUUCGAGGUACCAGGCACAACGACACCCGGAGUUACUCAAACCUGUUCUCGACAAUCGCCCGUGAUCUAGCGGAUCGGACCGUAGGAAAUGAGACCAGUCUGCGGAAGACACGGGUGGCGAGGACGCAGUUUGAGGAAUUUAUCCUCGCUCCCUCUAGAGAUGUCAUUUGGAACGGUCCAUUCCUGGUAAUCAUUGACGGUCUGGAGCUGGGAGGGAAUGAAGCCGCAAGGAAGGAAAUAUUGAGUGUCCUUGUCGACGCAGGCGCCGAGCUUCCCAGAAACCUCCGAUUCCUGAUCACUUGCCGGCUGGAGGAUGACAUAUGCAAAGCUUUUCGCGGUCAAUCGCAUGUUCUGCGCCGGCAGCUGGGAGAAGCUACCCCUCUCGCGACACGCGCGGAUAAUUUCGAGGAUUAUGUGGGCGUAUAAUGCCUUAUCUUCUUCCCGUCGUGCUGCGAGAUGGCGCGCAAGUAGAUCUGGACCAGGUGUUGCCUUUUACUCACUCGAAGUGUCAAGCUAGGCUUGUAUAGCACCUGACUCAUGAACUCAAUUUCGUCGUCCCAAUAACUUACAAUGAUUUCCUCCCCUAUCCAUAAUUCCGUUGACGUAUUAUACCCAAAUUCGUUAGUCCUGCAUUAUGCUGUUCUGAUACUUAGUACUUACUCGCUGUACAAACGUGUUCUUGAGCCACGUCGUUCGUACAAAAAGCCUGCAAAAGCCAUCCACGGCAAACCAUCCCAAGCAUGGUACUACAUGUACCAUGUGCAGUAGAACACAGCGGCAAUCUGGUACCAAUAGUUUUCUUCGCACAAAUUCGAAAAUCUACUGCCG